AGGGAGCCAUUUUGGAGCAUGGUGGACAGUAAGAGAUAGUGGAAAAGGGUGCAUUUGUUAAUAUUUACUUGAUCAUGUAGGCCGUUGUGGACUUUUUAGAGGCAAAUUAAGAAACAAAUAUAAGUGGAAAUUAUGGAUGCGGUAAAAGCGUUCAAUGCGGAGCUUUCCGCAUUGUAUGAAGUCAAACCUCCAAUUUCCAAAGCAAAGAUGACAUCAAUCACAAGAGGUGCCAUUAAAGCUAUUAAAUUCUACAAACAUGUUGUACAGAGUGUAGAGAAAUUUAUUCAGAAGUGCAAACCUGAGUAUAAAGUACCAGGCCUGUACGUGAUUGAUUCAAUAGUUCGGCAGUCUAGGCACCAAUUUGGUGCAGAAAAAGAUGUUUUUGCACCUCGAUUUGCAAAGAACAUGCAAACCACCUUCAUAAAUCUCUUCAGAUGCCCUCCAGAAGAUAAGAGUAAGGUUAUUCGAGUAUUGAAUCUCUGGCAGAAAAAUUCAGUUUUUCAGUCUGAAGUAAUUCAGCCACUAUUUGAUCUGGCGGAUCCAAACCAUCCCAUUCAUAAGGACCAGCAAGCAACUGUGUCAAACACUAGCAAUGGGUCCAUAUCAGGAAUUUUGAACUCAAGCAGUGUCAUGAAGACUCCACCGUCUGCUGUGAACAGAACGCCAUCAAACAUCAACAAAACUCCUCUGAAUGCUGGAAAGCCAGAAGCCACAAGUACACCAGUGUGGCUGAAUAUGAGUCAGACACAGAUGGAGGUAACAAGUAACACCCUUCUGCAGUUGUUUGGACAAGCAGGAUUUAAUCUCUUAUCAGGAAAAUCUCAGGUAAUGUUACUUCUGGUGGGGGAGGGGUCAUGUUCUCUGAACUGCAUAUGUUUUAUAGUGAUGAUGAAUUGUGAAACAUGGAAGGAAUUAUCCCAGUAGUUGCC